CAAAGGAAAAGACCUGCAAACUUAACUGGAAAGUUUGCUUCUCAGUUACGCUGGGUAAAGGAAAGUUUUAAAAAGGUCUCGGGGCAUUUUCCCCAACUCCGGGAGCGGUCAACUGUUUAGAUCCAGGCAAUAAAGGGGAGGAGUUAAGUCGAGUCCCUCCCCUUCUCCCCGGGAACUUUUAUCCUUCCAAACGUGAUCCAGGCUAGAGUUUGAACAGCAAGGAGAAGCUGCGCGCCCCGAACUUUCCCAAUGGUUUCGGUGACCAGAACCGUGUUUGGAGAGCUGCCCUCGGGGGGAGGGACAGUGGAGAAGUUCCAGCUUCGGUCAGACCAGCUGAGUGUGGAUAUCAUCUCCUGGGGCUGCACGAUCACUGCUCUGCAGGUCAAAGACAGGCAGGGGAAAGCCUCAGACGUGGUGCUUGGCUUUGCCGAGUUGGAAGGUUACCUCCAGAAGCAGCCCUACUUCGGAGCAGUGGUUGGGAGGGUAGCCAACCGAAUUGCCAAAGGAAGGUUCACAGUAGAUGGGAAGGAGUACCACCUGCCCAUUAACAGAGAGCCCAACAGUCUCCACGGAGGAUUCAGAGGAUUUGAUAAGGCCCUCUGGACUCCUCAGGUGCUGUCCAACGGCGUCCAGUUCUCUCGAGUCAGUCCAGAUGGUGAGGAAGGCUACCCUGGAGAGUUGAAAGUCUGGGUGACAUAUACCCUGGAUGACGGAGAGCUUGUAGUCAACUACAGAGCCCAGGCCAGCCAGACCACUCCAGUUAAUCUCACCAACCAUUCUUAUUUUAACCUAGCAGGCCAGGGCUCCCCAGAUAUAUAUGACCACGAAGUCACCAUUGCUGCAGAUGCAUACUUGCCUGUGGAUGAAACUCUGAUUCCAACAGGAGUCAUUGCUCCGGUGGAAGGAACUGCUUUCGACCUGAGAAAGCCAGUGGAGCUCGGGAAACACCUGCAGAGUUACCACAUCCAUGGUUUCGACCAUAAUUUCUGUCUGAAGGAGUCCAAAGAAAAGAAGUUUUGUGCAAGGGUGCAUCACGCUGCAAGUGGGAGGAUCCUGGAAGUGUACACCACCCAACCUGGCGUCCAGUUCUACACAGGAAACUUCUUGGAUGGUACCCUGAAGGGCAAGAGUGGAGAGGUCUAUCCCAAGCACUCUGGUUUCUGCCUCGAGACCCAGAACUGGCCUGAUGCAGUCAACCAGCCCCAGUUCCCUCCGAUACUGCUGAGGCCUGGAGAGGAGUACAACCACACCACCUGGUUCAAGUUCUCCGUUGCUUAAAGAAGACAGAAGAUGGGACCUGGUUCGAGGCCAGACUGGUUCCCACCCAUCUGCCUCGCUUUAAAAGUAAUCCUGUGUGUUAAGUCAUUCAGACGGUAGCUGCCAUAACAAUCAACUGGAAUACUGAUACCCUUUCCCGAGAGCUGGCUGUAGGCUGUGUCUAACGACCAGCUCUGUUCUCUGUCAUCACUAAGGUCUGCUCCUGGUAGAGAAGUGGUCCUCUGGACGCUCCUGACUUCAUAGGCUCCACCUCUCCAUCCU